CGCUGAAAUUCUUCUUCAACAAGAAGUAGAUCUAUGGCAAGACUGUUUAAAUAUGGAACGUCGUAUCGCCUGUUGGGAGAAGAAUGAAUUAAAAACAGAAGACAAAAUAAUUUUAAAUUUGCAGAAAACAACCUCUGGUUCUUCUAGCUUGUCUACACGUUUAGGAAUAAGAAAUAAUAAUCUACCACCGGAGAUCAACGAUUUUCAG